GAGGAAGCUGUGAAAAUUCUGAAAAAAAUUGAGUAUUGGGUGUUGGUAGAUGAUGCUGAGCUUGGACGACCAAAGUUAUCUGGGAAUAGUGCAGUUAAUACAUUAGCUGUUCCUAUGAUGUUACUGGUGCUAGUGAGUGAAUUGACAUCAGAUGAUAUUAGAUUGGCUGAUGAAUUCAAAAGUUUACAAGACUGGGCAAUUCAACAAGCACUUCAACAUGUACAGAGGGAUGGUAGUAUAAUAUUGGAGUCAGUGUCCAUUGAUGGUAAGGAGUUGAAGGGAUGCCAGGGUAGGCAGAUGAACCCAGGUCAUGCAAUAGAAGCUGGAUGGUUCCUGUUAGACCAUGCAAUCAAACAUGAUAAACCAGAUUUGAAACAAACUGCUCUUCAGCAGUUUAUUGUAAACCCAUUCAAUACUGGUUGGGAUAAGAAACAUGGUGGUUUGUUUUAUUUCUUGGACUCUGAUGGCUUAUCACCUACACAACUUGAAUGGAAUAUGAAGCUAUGGUGGCCACAUAAUGAAGCACUCAUAGCAUUUCUUAUGGCGUAUAGAGAAACAAAUGAAAGUGUGUAUCUGGAUUAUUUUGCUCAAGUGUUUGAUUACACUUUUAAUCAU